AUGAAUACACAUGAGACGAGACGAAACAACAAUGACUCGAUAGUAUAUACUAAAUGGGUACAGAAUGGUGUGACUAUUGCUGGAGGUAACGGGGGUGGGGGUGCCACUAAUCAACUCAGCAUCCCUCAUGGUCUCUUCGUUGAUGAUGAUCAAACAGUGGUUAUUGCUGACUACGAUAAUCAUCGUAUCGUCCAAUGGAAGAGCGGGGAUACAACGAAUGGACAAGUCGUUGCUGGUGGUAAAGGUCUAGGAAAUGGAUUGAAUCAAUUGCAAUAUCCAACUGAUGUGUUAAUUGACAAAGAGACGAAUAGCCUUAUUAUUUGCGAUCAAGGG